UUUAAAUAGACGAGGAAUCACUUGAAACCCUACUUUUGCAAACUAAGUUUUCUUUUGUGAUCUUAUUUGCCUUCUUAAUUAUAUUUAUAUUAUUUUUACGUACUGGUGAUACGACAGCCACAUGCAUCUGAUAAAUCAGAGAGAGACAGCACAUGCGUGCGAAAAAGGUAGAGGGGGACUGAUGGCUACCUCUUUAGAUGGAAAAGCAGUUGAGAGCAAGGACUGCAGCUGUGCCAGUUGUCUUUUUUCAAGUUUACCAGAUGACGUGCUGGUUGAAAUCCUCUGUCGAGUUACUGAUCGCAAGCAUCUCAUUAGACUUAAAAGCGUUUGCAAAUGUUGGAACAAUCUGAUUACUGAUGCUUGUGUUCCAAAAAUCUCAGAUUCUUCACCUCUUCGUGGCUUUAUUUACCAUGUGUGGAGGAGGGUCAGUAGCGGGAAAACAUACAUUGAUUAUAUCCCCUGCGCCAUGACUCCAGCAGUUGCACCGGAACCACAUGAAUUUGUCAAGUCCUAUUCUUCGCUGUUGCCUUUUGAACCUGCCUGGGUUGAUUUCCUUGAUUGUUGCAAUGGUCUGCUUUUGUUUGUUGAGGGUUCUAUUCCGCAGUACUAUGUGUGCAAUCCUGUGACAAAACAGUGUGUGGCGAUUCCUAGAGAUUUUACACUCGAAGACACAUGUUCUGCAUCCCUGGCAUUUGAUCCUUUCAAAUCACCACACUACAGAGUUGUUUGCUUUGAUUAUUCAGAGCCCAAGGGCCCCCAAAGAUUGCGCGUGUUCUCAUCAGAGACUGGCAGUUGGACUAUCCAAGAAACCGCUUUUGGAUAUGGAUCUAAGAAGGCUAGAUUGGCCAAGCAUUGUAUUUACUUGGAUGGAGUGUUGUACCGUCAAUCUGCCUCAAAACUGCUUUUAUGUUUUGAUCUUAACAGAGGAAAUUCUCGUGCCAUUGAGCUUCCAGAGAAGGAGAGACUUGCUCCCAAUGACUAUGGAUGCAUUGGGCUGUCGAGGCGCCAUUUAUGUUAUUCCGAUCUUGUCGGAACUGCAUUACACUUUUGGUUGUUUGAGGAUCGUUGCAAGAAUGACAGAUGGACUCUGAUUCACAAUAUCAAUGUUGAUUAUUUGGGAAAACACGUGCAUCGGCUGGAUAGGACUACUAUUGCCAGAUUUGGUAAAAUUUCAGCUUUGAGGCCCUUUGCUUUGCAUCCAACUUCCGAAGUUGUCUUCUUUGGGACUGGGGGAGCUAUGCUCAGUUAUGAUCCCGAAGACAAAAGGGUGGAAUUGAUUUAUAGAACAAAGAAAGACAGGCAAAUAAUGAAGGGGCAGAUCUCGGUCUUUCCAUACACACCAUGCCUGGUGAAUUUGAAAGAUUUUGGUCAAUGGGAUUGCAGCUUGAGCCAGCCAUGAGUGGCCAGCCCUCUUCUUUUGUCUCUCUAGAUGAUAUUUUUCUGGUUCCUCGUUUUCUUUUAAUACCAUUUAUGCUAUUGAUGGAACAUUAUUAUCUACCGUAGUCUCCUACAAUUCAAGCUGUAGAAGUUUUGGUUAUUCAGUUAA